AUGUGCAACUGGAACACUUACACAUUCGACUGUGGCUGCAUGUCGAUGGAUCUGCGAUCGCGAUGCCAGCGCAAGCUCGCCGACGACGAGCUGGACCCGUGCUUCUGGAUGCAGCGCGUCAGCGACAAGUGGAGAUUCCACCAGCAGAGGAUGUGCGACGCCUGCAACUACCGGCUGAUGCACGGCGAAUGGAGCGAGAUUGGGGCGAGGGCGCAUGAGAUUGCGCGGCUCAUGGCGAGGGCUAGACAGCUGGGCUGA